GUAUUGACUAUUGUCUUAUAAAUUUAAGGUUAGGGUUGCGACGUGGUUGUUGAGGAUUUGGGUUGAGUUACAGUAGUACUUUAUGUUAAAGUAAAGUAAUAAUGGAAUUUUAUUUUAUUAGUUUAUUUUAUAUAAAGUAAUAAUUACUUUAAUACUCCCUAAAGUUAUGAAUUUUGAAUAGAUUCAAACUACUUUCUCUGUCUUAAGAAUAUAUAAGUGGGGAAUCUCAAUGUGAUUAACAUUUGUGUUUUAAGUCUACAAUUGUAUGAUAAUGGCAAAAAGCAAGCCUAAAGUUUAUAUAGGUUUUGAAGAUGAGUUGAUAACUCAAAAACAUCUUCCAGCAGUGACCUUUACAACAAACAAAGUUGGUGGCAAACCGGAUUGGAUUGGCGGUAAAUCUGUGAACAUUAAUCCCCUAUGUCAACGCUGCGGCACAAUAAUGCCUCUCAUAGUCCAAGUUUAUGCUCCUUUGGUGAACUCCUUUUAUCAUCGGACUUUGUAUUUAUUUGGGUGUAUAAAUCCAAAUUGUUGGAAUCUUAAUGAAAGUUGGGUGUGUAUGAGGGGUCAGAUGUUGGAUACAAACACGGUUGAAGUUGAAAAAAGUAAAAAGUUGACUGCGGAAAGCUUUGACUGGUGUGGUGGUGCCGAUGUUUGGGAAGAUGAGGAAAAUGGAAAUGUGUGUGGAACCACAAAAGUAGAUAAGUUUAUGCAGAAAAGUGAGGAGUUGAGUGAUAUGUUGGCUGCGAUGGAGUUUGACAAUGGAGAAGAUGUUGGAGCGACAGGACAUCCAUUCUCACCCAUGCCUACUGCUGAGAUUGAUGGUGGUGAAGAUGAAGUGGUUACCAUUGAGACUCCAACUGUGGCCGAGACGGAUAUGAUGGCUUUGUUUGACCAAGCCAAGCCAGUUCCUGAGGUGCCGCCAGGUACGUUAGAGUUUGCAAGCUUUUUUCUAAGUGUAUGUGAAGAAGACGAAGGUAAACCGUCUAUUCCUGUCAAUGCUGAAUUCAACCCUCAGUUAUAUGAUGAAGAAUGUAACUCGGCCGUGGAGCAAAGCUCAGUUGGUGACAACGCUGAAGUAUCGGAGAAGUAUGAAAAGUCUCUACCAGCCCACGGCGACAAAUUAUUCCACACAUUCAUCUCCAGAAUAAAGAGAAAUCCUGGGCAGAUAUUAAGGUACAUCCGAGAGGGAGGUAUGCCUCUGCUGCUGUACCCCAUAAGUAAGAUGCCACAGGAAUGUAAAUACUGCGGUGGAGACCUUGUGUUCGAACUGCAGCUGGUACCUACAAUGAUCUCAAGCCUGCGACUGAUCGGUAGUGGCCACGGUCACAUGGAGUUCGGGACAGUUCUCGUGUUGGCGUGUCAACGCAGUUGCUGGGACCCACAAACAACUGAACGUUACGAAUACGUUAUUGUUCAGCGGGAAACGUGAUUUUACCAUAUAUUUGUUUUGUUAUUACGUAAUUUUAAUCCGUAAUGUUACACAAAUAAAAAGUUCAGAAAUUUAAAAAA